CUGUGUUUCAAAAGCCUGUUGACUCUUCUGCAAGGGAGUGCAGCAUCCUCUAUCUCUUUACCCACUUGGGUUCUACUCAGAUCUGCUUGCAAAAGGAUCCAUGAGCUACGAAAACAUGAAUGAUGAAGACUAUAGCACCACUUAUGACACCGUCCAAACAGAGACGGUGUAUGAAGUUCCAGACCAGCCAGCAGAAAAUGAAGGUCCCCUUUAUCAUAACAUCCAUGAAGACUUGAGCUCAGAAAACAAUUUAUAUGCCACUGAGCUGGAAACCCAUGACUAUGAAUCUGUAUCAGCUUAUGCUGUCGGGAGUGAGGAAAACAGCUUGGCUUUUUCCCAACCAGAAGAAGAAGGCUACUUCCCGUUUCUGGCGAUAUGUCCUCCGGCCCCGUAUCCUCAACCAGGUGAGCCCCAGGAGGAUGGGAACAUCUCAAUGGAAGAAUUAUACUCACCAAUUCAGGACCAGGAGACGACCCCAGAAGAGCCACAGGAGAACAGACGCAUGAUGGAGGGGAACCUGCCUUCUCCUUCAAGCUUCACCGUCCAGACGCGCAGUGAAUAUUCCCUCACCGGCUAUUCUGCUGCCAAUGAUUUAGAAGAAGACGAAUCAGCUUCCACAAACCCCGAGAUCUUCCUCUUUGUGAAGGCUGGGAUCGAUGGGGAAAGCAUCGGCAACUGCCCCUUCUCUCAGCGCCUCUUUAUGAUCCUCUGGCUGAAAGGAGUCGUGUUCAAUGUCACCACUGUGGAUCUGAAAAGAAAGCCAGCCGACCUGCACAACCUCGCCCCUGGCACCCAUCCGCCCUUCCUGACCUUCAACGGGGAUGUGAAGACGGACGUCAAUAAGAUCGAGGAGUUCCUGGAGGAGACUCUGACCCCUGAAAAGUACCCCCGGCUGGCUGCAAAGCACCGGGAAUCCAACACAGCAGGCAUCGACAUCUUCUCCAAGUUCUCUGCCUACAUCAAAAACACCAAGCAGCAGAACAACGCUGCCCUUGAGAGAGGCCUGAACAAGGCACUGAAGAAACUGGAUGACUACCUGAGCACCCCUCUGCCAGAGGAGAUCGACGCCAACACUUGUGGGGACGAUGACAAGGGGUCCCGGCGCAAGUUCCUGGAUGGGGAUGAGCUGACCCUGGCCGACUGCAAUCUGUUGCCCAAACUCCACGUGGUCAAGAUUGUGGCCAAGAAAUACCGCAACUAUGACUUCCCAGCAGAGAUGACAGGCCUGUGGCGGUACCUCAAGAAUGCCUACGCCCGGGACGAGUUCACCAACACCUGUGCCGCUGACUCAGAGAUCGAGCUGGCCUACGCCGACGUCGCCAAGCGCCUCAGCCGAUCCUGAGCACGGCCACCUCGGCCACCUCGCCCCGUCACUGCUGCAGAACUCGGCUUCUCCCAAAGGACUCCUCUUCACAGACCCCCCUCCACUUUGCCUCGGGACACAUCUUUAAUGGUCAGGCCACGCCUUGCUGGCAUCAUUCGAACUCCAGCCUGGUCUGCGCCAACCCAUCUGAUCACACAGGACUCCGCAAGCAGAAAUGCUAGACAUAGUCAAGCUCUCAGCCUUUGGGUUCCGUCUGGGUUCAGCGUAUUUGGGGUCAGUGUUGCAGAACCCACAUACGGGAUUGUCACUGGCCCCUUCUGCCAAUAUCAAAAUAUCUCCUCAGAUGCAUUAGAAACAUGCAACGCCCUGUUCUCUUCCUUCCUCCUCUUUGUCGGUAACUCCAAGGCCAAGGACAAAUACCAUCUUAGUUCUUAUUACAUAAAGAUCCCCUGCUCUUAGGGGGUCGGAGAGAGUGAAUGGAGAGGGACCGAGCAGGCUGUGGAUUUUGACAUCUGGAAGACACACCUGGCAUCACUUACUACUUCCUGACAUUCCUGGACACCGAAGGCCAGACUGGAAAACCACUUCAGGCCCAGUCUCGGUUCGCUGCAGUGCUCUGACGGUCACAAUGCCAUCGUGCCUGGCUGACACCGACCUCCGUGUUUAUGCUGUUCAGGCCUUGCCAGGAAAGGAAAUUGGCAUCAAUUCCAAACUGGGGGCACGGGGAUGGGGCGGGGAGGGGAGCAGUGUUGAUGCCAAAAGGCCCUCGGGGGUCUACCAGCCACGGGGUUGCUUGCUUAGGGGUAGUUGCUUCCUUGCAGGUUACAUGCCUGGGUUUGACUCUGUUUAUCUUCGAGGGAAUAUUCGUCUGUGAGAAAGUAGAUGAGCGUGGGAGGUGGAGGGAUGAGUGAAGAUUUAAAAAAUCCUUUAUGAUGCUCAAUGUUCCCUGGAAAUUUUGAAGACAGGUCUUCUCUCUCAUAAGCUAAGUCUUGAACUGAUGUUGUCAUGUAACUAGCAACCUGAUAGCAAGAACCCAAGUAUUGGCCAAAAAUGACUUUGCAGGCUCUUCAGGUUGUUCCUGGAUACGGGUCUGCUACCUGGGGGCUCGCAGGCAGCCACUCCAGGCUGACCCAGCCGCAGCCUCCCCUGGGAGAGAGUCACAAUGAGGAGGUGGCAUGGUCAUGGAACCUUAGGAAGAAAGUCCUUGAGCUUUUCUGACUGGGAAACCAUGCGGUUUGAGCUUGAAAAAAACAGGUGUGCCCAUGUGGGUUAAUGUUCCUACCACCUGACUCAACGACCCGAUGAACAAAAGGAAACUAUUUUUUAGAUAAUAUUGCUCUCCUAAGUCCUUCUUCUGGAGUUUCGCCUCCUUAAAAUCUUACCCUGCUUGAGUAUGGUGACCAGUGCAGAGGAAACUAAGAGAAAUGAACUAAUCAUCAGCUCCCUCUCCCAGGAACGCCUGUGUGAGGAAAUCCACCGCCACAGACCCUCACCUUCAACAAUCCUCCCUUCUGUGUUGCCUGCCGGUGGAGAGUGAGGUUCCCAAAUGCCGGAAAGCCCCAGGACUUGGCUCAUUGCUCAGGGAGGGCAGGACAGCAUGGGUCCUCGCCAUACAAACACCAACAAAUUCCAGCCCAAGCAACCCCCGGAACUAGCUAUCUCCAGGGAUCUCAGGAGAAAAAGGGGACCCCUUGAUCAGAGCAGAGGGGAGGAAACGGGGUCUCCUUCAGCCCCCUGAGGAAGAGGAAAUUGCUCAGUAGGACGUUUUAUAAGCCUGAGAGUUUGGAAAAAGCAGAAUGAGUUGAUUCAUUUCCACCUCUAAAGGGUCCUUUCCACAAUUCCCUGGAAACUUGUCUCUCCCCGCUCCAAGGUGUUUAAAAAGGAGACAUGGUGAGGAAAUAGUCCUUUUGCCAUAAGGGAAAGCCCGCGACUGGCCUUCUGGGGGAUGAAAGCUUGAAUGAUCCCAGGAGGCCUUUUCAUUAGUGUGAAAUCCUUCCCCACCUUCACAGCUCAGGCCACGACCCUAAGGCAGCCUGCUUUCCUGAGCCCCUCCGUGGCGCUGUUCUAGAAGCAUAUUCGGGGAACAGAGAAAACAGGGAGCCCAGGCGGGCCAGCUCCCCCGGAGGUGUUGGCACCCACUAACAACCCUGACUGGAUACUCAGAAUUCCAACAACUGGCGAGUCUGUAAAAGCAGUUUUUAAAAACAAACAAGCCAAACCAAAUCAAUAUUAUUGUUUCUAGAUGUUCCUUCUGUGGCUGACUCAAUUUUACAUAAAUAACACUAAUAGGCACGGGGUGGGGGCCAUUAUGAUUAAUUAUAACCAUUUAAAAGAGGGGGAGGAGUUAGAGAUGGAAAGAGACUUAAUUCAGGAAUAUCUUUUUAUUUCAACAUUAGAUUAUUAUAUAAUGCAACUAUUGACUUAGAGAUUGAAGGUCUUAUGGCCAGAUUUAUCAGAGUAUUUUAAAAUAAUAAUAAUAAUAGUAUUACCUUCUGAUUAUUUUUUUUUAAAAAGAGAUUUUUCUUCAGCCUUCUGAGGCGAGGCCAUCACCUUGUCAUAUACACAGCAAAUCAUCUCCCAGCAAGUGUGGUAGGCUCUUAGGUGUCCCCAGGACGAACUCACGGAGUCUUGAAGGUUUGCAGUAUGGUCCUACACUCCAGAGUUUUAAGAUAGGAGGCAACCCUUGUCAUGGGUCCUGAACGAACAUUGCUCCCGCAGAAAGCAUUUCAGUGGCCCCAAAAAGGGUUGAAAUCCUAUUUGUUUGUUUUUUAAUUUAUCUCCUGCGACUUUCACAUAACUUUUUUUUGUGUGUGUGUGUGUGUGUGUGUGUGUGUGUGUGUGUGUGUGAGGGGCAGAGGCAGAAACAGUCAAACUCAAUGACUGUGUUGAAUUUACCCACUUACUCAGCACUGCCUACCUCUCAGGUUGGCCCAGAGUGAAGAUGUUGGGUAAGAUUUUAAUAACUCUGAAAGGUGAGCUGGAUAAGUAAAAUCUUGACUGAUCCAGAGCAUAGUUCCUUCUAUCACUGGCCUUCAUCUCUUGACAAAGGCAAUCAAAUAAUUGCCCAACAAUUCAGAAUCACAGGCACAAGUAGGAGGAUCUUGUUUGAAACGAGGGAUACAGCUACCUGGCACGAAACUAAUGCCUAGAAAAGUGAAAAACACUCCUUCGGUUCCUUUGGCCACAGGAUCUCAGACUAGGCUCAGCUUUCCAGGACACAGUGCUGUCCUUUGUGUCCACUUCUCCUGCUGUGGGGGGGGGGCAGUGAGGAUCUUUAAUUUUCAUUAGAAAAACCAUAUUUUCUAGCAUUUGUCAAAUGAAGCAACAGAAGCUCUUCACCACACCAGUGCCCAUCGGCCACUUUGCCAACAGACAAUACAAAACAUCAUAGAGUUGUCACAAAGUGAUCACACCUGGAAAAGACCCUGAAGAUCCAAGAGUCCCAGGAAAGUCUGGAAAAAUAAAAGUAAAAGGGAGGCGGAGUCAGGAAGGUGCAGGUCUAUCUACAGGAGUUUCUCAUCCUGAGAAACCAGUGGGAGUCUGAACCUAAACUUAAUUGGCCCAGAAGCAGCAGGUAGCCGGGAGGGGCUGUGAGUCUCAGCCCCGUUCCUACUGGCCUGGAGCCAUCUUGGAGCAGAGUGGAUUAAAAGGACAGAGUCUCUGACUUUGGAAAGGUGAAGCAUGAACUCAUAGUCAAACUUCAGUCCACUAUUCCCAAGGGAUCACUGGCUUAGUUUUGUGUCUGACAUGAAAAAGAAUCUUAAGCAUUAGACAGAGAUAUGUGCCCGCAAAGCACCCUGGUUCCGAUGUCGGGAACACUGAGGGGUCACAGCACUGGCUUUGGGCCCCUUCUGCACACAAGGCCUAUUGUCUUCUGUUCAUCGCUCUUCAGCCCUCAAACCAAACAGCAGGUGUCGCCUCAGGGAGGCAUGUUCCUCUCCCUUUGUCAAUAUUCUCCUCCCAGCUUAGUUUCAGUACCCUUUCAUUUCAUAAUUGGGUAUGAUUCAGGUGUGCACCAUUUUAUUUAAUAUCACUGAAGGAAAUAGAUCCAAACCUUCCCUCCCCGACCAAACAUAAAAUAAAAGAUGGCCUCGCGAGAGGGUUUGGGCUAAUCUGUGUGUCUAUAAAAGCCAUCUGUUUUAUGGCAAAACAUAGUUUUAAGGAACCAGUUAUCUACGGUAUAUUUUAUGUAGCCUGAGAUUUCACAAUCUUGACUAUACAUAUAUUUAAAACAUAAAAUGCCCAGCUGAUGUUUGAAUUUGUCUUACUUUCCUGACCACCUGGUUGUCCCAUUUGAUAAGCUGGAGAGUUAACUAAUUUAGCAGAAGAUGCCUAGAUUUUAGGAAAGAACAAACAUCUCAUGUAAUAAAGACACUUGAUUUUCUCAAGACCUUUAACUGUGGUGAUAAAAUAACAGGACUUGCUUUCCAGCCUUAAUGAAUGUAAAAUGCCUUUUAAUGAAGAUAUUGCUGAAUGUUUUCCUCAUAUGAACCGGUUAUAAAUUUGUUUUCCAGUCUCGAUUGGUAUUGAUUGAUUCAAAUAAAGUUGGUUUAUUUUCAAAUAUUA